AAAAUAAACCUUUGUUUAGAAUAAAAUUUACAACUGUAAAUUACUGCAUAGCGAUUUUAAACCAAAUGUAUUUCUUACAUUUAUUACCGAAUUGCUUGAUAUCAGCCAAUGAAUUAAUUUGACAUUGAGGCGAGAAUUAAAUCUUAUUGUAACAAUAUAACUUUAAUUGAUGAAAUGAAAUUGUUUUCAAAUUUAUAUUUAAACCUAAAUUGACAUAGUAUUUAUCUGUAAUAAUUUAUCGUUGAUAUUAAUAUACAUAUUUGCAUUGCAAAGUGAACUAGCUUUAAUAUUUUUUAAGAAUGUGACGAAUUAGGAACUCUGGUUCUAGUGUUUUAAUAAAAUGGAACAAAAGGUGAAAAAUUGUGAAACAAAGGAAAAUGGAAAAGAGAAAAAUAAGGAGUAUCCCGAAAAAAUUAAAGAAAAGAAAGACGAGUCUGUAUCUUAUUUUAAAUUGUUUAAAUAUGCAACAUCCUUGGACAAAUUUUGUAUGAUAACAGGAGCAUUGUGCGCAACAAUCAGUGGAGUGAUCCAACCCUUUUUGAUGCAAUAUUUUGGCGAAGUUACGGGAGCCAUUGUAGAAUAUGCCACCAAAUACGACCCAGAGCUAUGGUACGAAGAAAUAGAUGAAAUUAAUGCCAAUCUGGAGUACGCCGUUUGGUUAUUUGCAGUAAAGUCUUGUGUUACUGGGAUCGUCGUUAUUGUUACCAGUUAUUUGUCAUGUGUUUUGUUCAGUUACAGUGCUAUUAGACAGAUCUACAAAAUAAGAAAGAAAUUUUUGGAAAAAACGCUAAAUCAAGAUAUAGAAUGGUUCGAUAUGAACAAGACCGAUUUUGCUACAACCUUUACACAAAAUAUUACCAAAAUUGAAGAAGGAAUAGGAGAUAAAAUUGGAAUUUUCAUAUUUUUUGAAUCAUGCUUUUUAGCUGGUGUUAUCAUGGGUAUAGUCAACGGCUGGAAGUUGGCUUUAGUUUGUAUGGUGUCAUUACCAUUAUCAACAGGAAUUAUGAUGAUUAUAUCAUGGGUUUCCACUAAGUUUUCUGCUCAAGAAAUGGAAUCAUACGCAGCCGCCGGAUCUAUAGCGGAGGAGGUACUCAGCUCCAUAAAAACUGUAGUUGCUUUUGAAGGCCAUGACAAGGAAACAAGCAGGUAUAACACUCAACUCAGGUUUGCUAAAAAAAAUAACAUAAAGAGAGGAUUUUUUAACGCAAUAAGUAACGGAUGUUUAUGGUUUUUCGUAUACGCCUGUUAUGCUCUUUCCUUUUGGUACGGUGUUACGUUAAUUCUAGAGGAAAGACACCUACCAGAAGAGGAACAAAUUUAUACUCCAGGAAAUAUGGUCACAGUUUUCUUUUCCACGCUAAUUGCUACUUGGAAUUUUGGACAAGGAGCGCCAUUAUUAGAAACUUUUGGUACAGCUAAAGGUGCAGCUCAGAAAAUUUUUACUGUGUUAGAGAGUGAACCAAAAAUUAAAAAAUAUGUAAAUACUGGUAGAAAACCAAAAAAAUUUAUGAAGCACAUUAAAUUUGAACACGUAUUUUUUAAUUAUCCUUCCAGACCAGAUGUAAAGGUUCUUCAAGGUUUCAAUCUGCAAAUUGAUCAUGGUGAGACCGUUGCGUUGGUAGGAAGCUCUGGAUGCGGAAAGUCUACCUGUAUUCAGUUGCUUCAAAGAUUUUAUGAUCCAUUAAUUGGAAAAGUAAAAAUUGAUGAUAUAAAUAUUCGAGAUUUGAACAUGACAUGGUUAAAACAAAAAAUUGCCGUUGUUAGUCAAGAACCAGCUCUUUUUGGUACAACCGUAGCUGAGAACAUAAGGUAUGGAAAACUAACUGCUACUCAACAUGAAAUAGAAGAAGCUGCUAAAAAAGCUAAUGCUCAUAGAUUUAUAAUGACUUUACCCCACGGCUAUCAAACCAUUCUUGGUGAAAGAGGUUCUCAGUUAUCUGGAGGCCAAAAGCAGAGAAUAGCAAUAGCUAGAGCUUUAGUAAAGAAACCAGAAAUUUUACUUUUGGACGAAGCUACUUCAGCUUUGGAUACUACAAGUGAGGCGGAAGUUCAAGCUGCUUUGGAUUCAAUUAGUGGUGCUUGUACUACAAUAAUAGUUGCUCAUAGGUUAUCAACUAUUAGAAACGCCAAUAGAAUAGUGGUUGUAAAUGCAGGAAAAGUUUUGGAAGUAGGCACUCACUCCGAACUCAUGGACAAACAAGGAGAAUAUUAUAAUUUAAUAACAUCACAAGGAUUAACUGACACAAAUGAGGAUAAAGGUAGUAAAAGGUUGAGUAGAGCUUUAAGUGCAGGAGCAAAAUCCGCAUGUUCAGAAUAUGACGAGGAAUAUGAGGAAGAAGCAAUUGUUGAACAGCCUAAAACCAAAGGAGUUUUGGGAAAAGUAAUGAAAAUGAAUAGAGGAGAAUGGUUUUACAUUUUGUUGGGAUGCUUAUCGUCAAUUGUCACCGGAGCGUCUCUGCCUGUUUAUGGGCUUGUUUUUGGUGGAAUUAUGGGGGUUUUAGCAAAUGAUCAAGACGAAGUAGUUAGAUCGGAAAGUAAUAUAUACUGCGUCUAUUUUCUGAUAUUAGGUAUUGCCACAGGAUUGGCUAUGUUCAUGCAAAUGUUCACGUUCGUCAUAGCAGGCGAAAGCCUUACUUUGAAGAUAAGAGCCAAUACGUUUAUGGCUAUGUUAAAACAAGAAAUUGGAUGGUAUGAUAGAAAAGAGAAUGGUGUGGGUGCACUUUGUGCUCAAUUAGCAAGUGAUGCUGGGGCAGUUCAAGGAGCAGCUGGUGUACAAAUAGGAACAACUUUAAAUUUUAUUUCAACUUUCGUUUUGACUUGUGCUUUUGCGUUUUACUACGAAUGGAGGAUUACACUUGUGCUACUGUCUUUGUCCCCAGCAAUAUUUUUUUCAAUUUAUUUCGAACAAAAGAUGAUGAACGAAGAUGCUAGAAAGAACCAAAAGAUGCUUGAAAAGUCGGCAAAGCUUGCUGUAGAAGCAAUUGGAAAUAUAAGGACAGUGGUAUCUCUCGGCUGUGAAAAGGUUUUCCUAGAACAAUACGUCAAUGAACUAUCGCCGUAUUUGGCAACAGCUAAAAAGAAAUCGCACAUCAAAGGUAUCGUUCAAGGUAUGGCUAGGAGUCUGUUGAUGUUUUCGUAUGCUGCUGGUAUAAAAUAUGGUGCAAAUCUAAUAAUUUCCGGGGAAAUAGAUUAUGGAACAGUUUUCACUGUUAAUGAAGUGAUGAUAGUUGGUACUUGGUCUGUUGGUAAUGCGUUAUCUUUAUCUCCAAAUUUUCAAAAAGGCCUCCUCGCUGCAUCAAGAAUCAUAGCUCUUUUAGAACGAAUACCAGCUGUGAGAAAUAUUAUAAAUCCCAUCAAAUCCUUAUGGGACGACGAAAGUAUAGAAUUUUCCCAAAUAUAUUUUUCAUAUCCGACAAGACCAUCAGUAUCAAUUUUAAACGCUUUGAAUUUAUCAGUAUUAAAAGGAAAAACUGUUGCAUUAGUUGGAUCUAGUGGAUGUGGUAAAUCGACAAUAAUUCAAUUAUUAGAAAGAUUCUAUGAUCCAGGAUAUGGAGAAAUUUCAAUCGACGAUGUUGAUACCAAAAAUAUGGAAUUAAAAACUUUAAGAUCACAGCUUGGGAUAGUUUCGCAAGAGCCUAAUUUGUUUGAUCUGACGAUUGCUGAAAAUAUUGCGUAUGGAGAUAAUUAUAAAACUGUCGACAUGGAUACUAUAAUUGAAGCUGCCAAAGCUGCUAAUAUUCAUAAAUUUAUAACGCAACUUCCAUUGGGGUAUGAAACUAAAAUCGGUAGUAAAGGAUCCCAUCUUUCCGGAGGACAAAAACAAAGAAUUGCUAUAGCUCGAGCUUUAGUGAGGAAUCCUAAAAUACUUCUUUUGGAUGAAGCUACUUCAGCUUUGGAUAACGAAAGUGAAAAGAUUGUUCAAGAAGCUUUGGAUAAUGCUAGAAAAGGUCGUACUUGCAUUACAAUAGCUCAUCGUUUAACAACAAUCCAAGAUGCCGAUGUAAUUUGUGUUCUGAAGGAAGGGUUUGUAGCUGAAAUGGGAACACACCAAGAACUCCUCGAUAAAAGAGGAUUGUAUUAUAAAUUCUAUAAGUUACAGUCUGUACAAAGUGUGAAAUAAAAAUUAUAUAUUAGUAUUCCGUUACUUUUUCUGAUUACUAUUUUUUAGUGUUGCGUCCUCAAUUUGGCAAAAAUGAACCAGUAUUCAAUCCCUCGGCGUCUGCCUAUCUAUGUGUCUAUCCGUCUGUCAUAAGCUUUGAAACAGCUGGCACGUAUAUCGUAAUAAUUCUCAAUGUCAAACUUGU